UUGCCUCGGUCCUCUCCAUGCCCAAUAGUAACCGGAACGCCUGUCACUGAACACACACACACACACACACACACACACACAAUAGACUUCAUUACACCCAACUCGCUUACUUCACGGUAUAAACCAACACACGACACGGACAGUAUGGCUACAGUCUUACGUGGGUGAAAACGAGCCAGUGAAACCACUCAGCAGACUUCAAGCUCUGGACCUCACGAUGAAUCCAAUGACCCAAGGGUCUCGUGACACUGUGUAGUGGCCUUUUACACAGAGGACUGUCAUGGCAUGCAUUAAAAAUUUGUUCUUAUUGGAUAUAUCCACCGGCCAAUCUGAUUAUCGGAGCCCCCGUGAUUAAACACAGUGACUGGACAUCUGAAGUGCCAUGGCGAAGACAACAGAAAUCCUGAACCUGUCCUUCCUCCAGGAGCACGAGCGAGAGAUGAUCCUCAGCGUCCUGCAAAAAGAUGAGAAACUCCGCAAACGAGAGGAAAAGCGCAUCAGAAAGCUGAAGAACGAGCUUUUGGAGCUGAAGCGUCGUGGUCGGCGUGGUAAUCCCGAGCAGCGGGAGUGUGGCGUGUGCCUACGUGCUCUAGGUCUAAUCCUCCAGAGGGGAAGUGUGUGUUUUGAGUGUCACCGUCGUGUCUGCAGCUACUGCACAGCCAUGCCCUCGAACAGUGGCAACACUAAGUGCACUGUCUGUGCCAAAUCUGCGGAGCUGAAGGUCGUCACAGGUGAGUGGUUUUUUGAAGAACGGGCCAAGCGCUUUGAACGCAUGACAGUCCCUAGCAGUGAUGUUGUCAAACAGUCCAUCCUCAGCAGUGUUCCAGAUGGACGCUCUGGCCAGAAGAAACUUUCCCCAUCAGGACUGGACCGGCCAGCCACGCCUCAGUCUGAGCGGUCAGCCUCGCCCCAAUCGGAGAAGAGUGUUGGCCGGUACAUAUUCAAGAAGAAAGGGACCAGACCGGUGGCUGUAGAGUCAUCAGGGUUACCGACGACACCGAAUAACAUGCGCGCACACCCAGGCCGAUCUCCGUCACAGGCUGAAGGAAGGAAAAGGCCCGAUGGGGCUGAGAGUGUGUGCAGUGUACACAGCAGUGACAGUAUUCCUGAGAAGAUCAGCAAUGGAGGGAAGCGAAAAGAGUCAGGCACACCCUCUAUCGCUGUGUCCAGAGCCUCCAUUUCAUCAGACCGCAGUCGCUCCGAAGUCGAUCUUAGUCAUCUUGGUGAUGGGUUUAGUAAUGACCCCCUGCCUGGCCGCAGCCGCUCAGUUCCUGGGCUAAAUGAUGCCGAGUCGGAUGAAGACAUUGAUGCCCUGAUGUCUGCACACUACAAAACCAGCCGCAGUGUCAGCAGUGCUCAAUCUGUGAGCAGUCUGAACAGUAUUAUGAGCGUGUACAGUGAGAUGGGAGACUACGGCAACGCGCGUGUUUCCGGAGAGAUCCUGCUGAACAUCUCCUACAGCUAUAAAACCGGAGCACUCAACGUUCUAGUGCGAGAGUGCCGCUGCCUAGCAACCGGAGACGACCGGAGACAGCGGACUGACCCUUAUGUCAAAACCUACCUCUUACCAGACAAGUCACGCCAGAGUAAACGAAAAACCAGCAUCAAAAGCAACACCACCGACCCUGUAUUCAACGAGAACCUGAGGUAUGUGGUGAGUCAUUCCCAGCUGGAGACGCGUACUCUACAGGUUUCUGUGUGGCAUCAUGACCGCUUUGGACACAACACCUUCUUAGGAGAGACUGAACUGACCUUUGACUCCUGGGAAUUUGACAAACAGAUAGAGGAUUGGUUCCCUUUGCAACCCAGAGCUGAGUGCUCUACAGACUCUCUGAUGCAGUAUAAGGGAGAGUUGACUGUGGUGCUUAAGUACAUUCCUGCAGAGAGGAACCUUUCACUGCCACUGGACCAAAUACAAGUUAAAAGGGGUUUUCUGAAAGGGAAGAAGAGUAUCACUCUGCCAAAAGGGGGCAUGGUGGAGCUGCUGGUUAAAGAAGCCAAAAACCUGACAGCUGUUAAAUCAGGCUCUUCUGAUCCAUUUGUCAAAGGGUACCUGCUGCCUGAUGACAAGAAGAGCACAAAACACAAGACUGCAGUGGUGAAGCGUUCGGUGAACCCACGCUGGAAUCACACCUUUACCUACUGCGGCCUGCAGCACAGUGACCUGGAUAGUGUGUGUCUGGAGCUCACUGUCUGGGACAAAGAGCCACUCGCCAGUAAUGUCUUCCUUGGGGGAGUGCGACUAGGAGCUGGGACCGGUCUGAGCUAUGGGAAGUUGGUGGACUGGAAUGAUUCCUACGGCGAGGAGCAGCGACUAUGGCAACGCAUGAUUGACAACCCAGAGGUUCCACAGGAGUGCACGCUGAUGCUGAGGUCCAGCAUGGCUAAGAGAAAGACGUAGAGAAAGAGGUGCAAAGGGAUAGAUAUGCGUCUUGCAAUAUUCAUCAAAAGCUACUGCUCCUUGUCACCUUAUAGAAAAGUGCACUUUGCAUACACAGAUAGAUGCUACAUUAUGAUACACACAGACACACACAGAAACAUUGUCCUCGAGAUUAGCCCUGAUCACUGCAUUUUAAAAGCCACACAUUCACAAACAUGACCAUACAGUCUUGCUGUCUAUAUAAACACCCUGUCCUUCAUCACUGUGUCUCUCCACAAGCAUGCACAAAUAUAGCCAAACUCACAACACACAUAACUUCAUCCAAGGUCAUGGCUGUAAACAGCACAACAGCUAUCUUAAAAGACAAAAAAAAUUGCUCACACAUAUUUAUAAUGGCACAAAUCAUUCUAUUCAAAGUGCACACAAAUUAGAUAAACUAUAAACAGCUAAGCAAGCUCACUGCCAUUCUUAGCUAGAUAGAAAAAAUUCUGCUUUUAGUGCAAAUUUAUUGUGAGGAGUCUGUUUCCUGUGCUGUUGUAGCGAUGAGACAGAAAUCAAGCACACUUCAGUGAUUCAGUACAUGUCUCUCCAGUAGUGCAUGCCUGAAGCAGUGUUCACUGAGCAUUAGAUCUGAGCUGCUCUACCUCAGGCUGUCUUCGUGUCCAGAGUAAUAGAGGGCGAUAUGAUAAAAUAUCAUAACACAACUUAAAGACAUUUCUGUAAUACACAAUACAUAUCAAUAUAUAGAUUUGCUAACAAACUGCCAGCAAAACAGUAAAACAACAUGUUAAAAACAGAGUUAAAUGAUACUAUUAUCUAAUGUCUGCACAUGACAAAGUGGUGUUAGCUUGUUCUCCCCUUGUCCAAAUCAGUGUCCUUCCAGGUUCUCCAUGUUCCUCCCACUUCCAAAUAUAUGGCAGCAGGUGGAUUGGCUUCAUUGCUCUUAGGUGUGAAUGAGUGUGUGAGUGUGUGGAUGGUACCUUCUGAUGGACUGGGGUCCCAUUCAGGGUGUAUUGCUGCCUUGUGCCCAGUGUUGCUGGGAUAAUCUCUGGAUCCACAACUGCCCUGACCAGGAUAAAACAAUUACUGAACAUUAAUUAAUCAAUUAAAAUGAGAAAUUAUUUAAUUAUGUAAAAAAAAAAGUAAACGUUUAGUCAUUCACGUGAAAUCAACUGCUCUCAGUCAGUUUAUAAUUAUUAAAAUGUUGUAAAUGUUCGAAAAAGAUGAUGAUACCUGUGAUAUUUCUGAAAAGCAUAUUGUGACAUAAUUGUUCCCAAUAAUGCUGUAUAUAAUGUCACACUGCCCAGCCCUAGUCCAGAGAUAGCCAGCCAGAUUGACUCAUGUCUCGUGUGUUUAAUUUGUUCACUGUUCAAAACCCGAGUGAGUAAAAGAUGUAUGCGGACACUAGGUGUAAGACUUUUAGAGACAUUUGCACAAAGUACACACGCACUUCGGUCAGGUCAUGUAGAUUACUAUCAUCCUGUUCAUAUAUAUAUAUAAUGGGAUGAAAUAUUGUACCUUGAAAAUCAAAGUGCAACAUAUGAGAUCUACAUCUACACAGUCUCCAAAUCCGCAACUAGAUAAAGUACAAAUAAUGUGACAAGUGUAAGACAAAACACAAUACAAAUACACAGGAUGAUGCAGGUAAUUACACUGUACACAUUAACUACCCAGAGCAGCAAGAACAGCAUCAGGAUGAACUAGAUGGCACAAUUGUUGUGAGGAAGUGUGUGAUAACAUGAUAAACCAUCAUACACAGCAACAUACAGGUGUAUCAGGAUACCCGACCCUGAAGAUCUUGUUUCCUACAGAAUUUAGUUACAGCCCUAAUCCAGUCCGAAAUGGGGUCCAAGUGGUUCAAAUCACAAUCCACUAUUAUCAAAGUUAUUAUAUUUAUUAUUGUGUUCUUUAUAGUUAUUAUCCUAAUUGUCUGGCCACUUGAUUUGGUUCAAUUCAAAUGUCAAUAACUAAAAAAAGGUAAUUCAUAAAUUAUUUCAACGUAGACCUAAUGUAUUUGAUCGGUAAAGUUGUGUAAAAAGAAGUAAAAAGUUGUGUGGUUCCAAUAAAAAAUUAUUAUGGUAUGCAUUAUUAAAAA